AUCCAAAAGGAAACGUUAUCGCGGGAAAAUUUCAAAUUGCGCGUAAUUUUGAGAGGGAACCCUUGUCAUCACACUAUUGCAUUUCACACAUAAAGACAAUUUUACAUUACAACCCUAAUCUCCAUUUCUCAGUGCUAUAAAUAUUGAACCCACUUUCCCCGACUUUGGUGCGCCAAAACUGUUCGAAGAAAUUCCCAACUCAGAAAAAUACACUCCGAUUCCGAGAAAAAUGUAUGUGGUGAAGAGGGAUGGCCGUCAAGAAGCCGUUCACUUCGAUAAGAUAACUGCGCGCCUCAAGAAGCUCAGUUAUGGGCUUAGCACUGAUCACUGCGACCCUGUUCUCGUCGCUCAGAAGGUCUGCGCCGGCGUCUACAAGGGUGUAACCACCAGCCAACUCGAUGAACUCGCCGCCGAGACUGCGGCUGCCAUGACCGCAAACCACCCUGACUAUGCUUCUUUGGCUGCUAGGAUUGCUGUUUCUAAUCUGCAUAAGAACACGAAGAAGUCGUUCUCUGAGACGGUGAAGAUCAUGUACAAUCAUGUUAACGAGAGGUCUGGUCUGAAGGCUCCACUCAUUGCUGAUGAUGUUUAUGAAAUUAUCAUGAAGAGUGCUGUUCGUUUGGACAGUGAGAUAAUCUAUGAUAGGGACUUCGACUAUGAUUACUUUGGUUUCAAAACCCUGGAGAGGUCCUACCUCUUGAAGGUUCAAGGAAAGGUUGUGGAAAGGCCCCAGCACAUGUUGAUGAGGGUUGCUGUUGGAAUUCACAAGGAUGACAUAGAAUCCGCUGUCAGAACUUACCACAUGAUGUCUCAAAGAUGGUUCACUCAUGCUUCCCCAACACUUUUCAAUGCUGGAACACCAAGGCCUCAAUUGAGUAGUUGCUUCCUCAUAUGUAUGAAAGAUGAUAGUAUAGAGGGAAUAUAUGAUACUUUGAAGGAGUGUGCUGUCAUCAGCAAAUCAGCAGGGGGAAUUGGUGUUUCUGUUCACAACAUUCGUGCCACUGGCAGCUACAUCCGUGGAACGAAUGGGACAUCCAAUGGUAUUGUUCCUAUGCUACGUGUGUUCAAUGAUACUGCUCGCUAUGUUGAUCAAGGGGGAGGCAAGAGGAAAGGUGCCUUUGCUGUGUACCUGGAGCCAUGGCAUUCUGAUAUAUUUGAAUUCUUGGAUUUAAGGAAAAAUCAUGGGAAGGAAGAGCAUCGUGCGAGAGAUCUAUUUUAUGCACUUUGGGUGCCUGAUCUCUUUAUGGAAAGGGUUCAGUCUAAUGGAGAAUGGUCUUUGUUUUGCCCCAACGAGGCACCAGGUUUGGCAGAUUGUUGGGGUGAAGAAUUUGAGAGGUUGUACAAUAAGUAUGAAAGAGAUGGGAAAGCAAAGAAGGUUGUUCAGGCACAGAAUCUUUGGUUUGAAAUUCUUAAGUCGCAGAUUGAAACUGGAACCCCUUACAUGCUUUUUAAGGACACUUGUAAUAGGAAAAGUAACCAGCAAAAUCUGGGUACAAUAAAGUCAUCAAACUUGUGCACUGAGAUAAUUGAGUAUACAAGUCCAACAGAAACAGCUGUGUGUAACCUGGCAUCGAUUGCACUACCACGAUAUGUCAGAGAGAAGGGAGUUCCCAUGGAGUCUCAACCAUCUAAGCUUGUUGGGAGUAGAGGCUCAAGAAACAGAUAUUUUGACUUUGAUAAACUUGGAGAGGUAACUGCAUUGGUGACAACGAACCUUAAUAAAAUAAUUGAUGUCAAUUACUACCCAGUUGAUACUGCCAAGAGGUCAAACUUACGGCACAGACCCAUUGGUAUUGGUGUUCAAGGUCUUGCUGAUACAUUCAUACUGUUGGGCAUGUCAUUUGAUUCACCUGAGGCUCAACAGUUAAACAAAGAGAUAUUUGAGACUAUAUACUACCAUGCUCUAAAGACUUCUUCUGAAUUGGCUGCUAAAGAAGGUCCUUAUGAAACAUAUAGUGGCUGUCCUGUAAGCAAGGGAAUUCUUCAGCCAGACAUGUGGGGUGCAAAGCCCUCAAACCGCUGGGAUUGGGAUGCACUCCGGCAGAUGAUAUCAGACCGGGGUGUGAGAAAUUCACUUCUUGUUGCCCCUAUGCCAACUGCUUCUACUAGCCAGAUUCUUGGCAAUAAUGAGUGUUUUGAGCCGUAUACUUCUAAUAUUUACAGUCGCAGGGUUUUAAGUGGUGAAUUUGUUGUUGUGAACAAGCAUCUUCUUAAUGACUUAACUGAAAUGGGAAUGUGGUCUCCUACAAUCAAGAAUAAGAUUAUCUACGAGGAUGGCUCAGUUCAGAAAAUCCCAGAAAUUCCCGAGGACUUGAAAGACAUAUACAAAACUGUUUGGGAAAUUAAGCAAAAGACAUUGGUUGAUAUGGCUGUUGAUCGAGGAUGUUAUAUAGAUCAGAGUCAAAGCUUAAAUAUUCACAUGGAUCAGCCCAACUUUGGGAAGCUGACUUCCUUGCAUUUCUAUGCAUGGUCCAAGGGUCUGAAAACUGGGAUGUAUUAUCUCCGAUCACGAGCUGCAGCUGAUGCUAUCAAGUUCACUGUCGACACCACUGCCCUCAAAGAAAAACCUAAGGUGGAGGAUGAUGAGACCAAGAUGGCACAGAUGGUUUGCUCUUUAACAAACCGAGAAGAGUGCUUGGCUUGUGGAAGCUGAAAAGUAACGCCAAAUUGGUGAGGUUUCAAGUGAUGUUCUACUUGUACACGUUAAACCACUUGGGAUUCAAAGUCUCCCUGUGAUAGUUUUAAGCUUUCUAAAUGAUACUAUUUAGAGCUUUUUGUAUAGUUUUAUUUUUGUCGCGUGUAAACUUUAUAUGUAAUUUUGCUUGUAAAAUAUAUGUUGGUUUAUUUGAACUCCAGAGAAACACUCAUUUAGUCAUUUCUGAGCUUUUAACCCGUGGACGAUGGAGCUCCAAAUUGCAUCACCUUACAUUACAAAGGGUUAAAGAUGUUAAGAAAUAGUCUUAGAAUUUAUCUCAACAACAGCAAAGGUGGUUCUUUGCUGGGUUGUUACUUUCAAUGAGGAACUGGGUCAUGUAAUCUUAUCUGCAGUUUUAAGAUCAUAAAUUGAAAUUGUUGACGGA